AACCAAGUGCCUAUACCAACCAAUCUUACAAUUACGGCCUAUAACUUGGAUACUGUCCUAUAUUGGAAUUACUCAAUCAUGGCGCAGAAGCCUGUUUUUACCGUACAGGUAAAAGUCUAUGGGGAGGAUGAAUGGCUUGAUGCCUGCAAUACCUCUCAUCAUCACUGUAACAUCUUUUCCAUGAUUAAGCUUCUAGACGUUUCUAUCUGGGCCAGAGUUAAGGCGAGGCUUGGACAAGAAGAAUCAGCCUAUGCAGAGUCAGAAGAAUUUAUUUUGUGCCAACAGGGGAAAGUUGGACCACCAAAUCUGCAUAUCAGUCACAAGGAAGACCAAAUCAUUAUUAAUAUAUUUCAUCCUUUAAUUACGGUAAAUGGAGAAGUGCUAGGAGCCAUUUAUGGAGACGAAGCUUGUUACACAUUCAUGUACAAGGUGCAUGAGAGAAUAAAUGGAAGUCUGAUCAUAGAUAGAAUUUUCGGAGAGAAUGAAGAUGAUUGUGACGAGACUCAGUGCAACUUUAGUAUUCCAGUGUCCUCACUGAAUUCUGAGUACUGUAUUUCAGCAGAAGGAAUCUCAAAUUUAAGAUCCUUUAAAACUGAAAUGUCCGAAGAACUUUGUAUUACCAUUUCUGACAGUAAGAGCAUAAAAGAUUCUGUUUGGAUUCCAGUUGUUGCUGCUCUCCUACUCUUUCUAGUACUUAUCCUGGUAGUUGUAUGUUGGAACUUUAAGAAGAUAAAUCCAUUUAAGAGAGAAAGCAUCAUGUUACCCAAGUCCUUGGUAUCUGUGGUAAAAAAUGCCUCUUCAGAGGCAAAAGCUGAAUCAAAAUAUGUAUCACCCAUCAUCUAUGAACCAAUUGUCCCUGAAAAUGAGAAAGUGAUCUGGGAAGAGCAGUUGUCUUCAGCAAUAAUUUCCAGUAUGCAGACUGAGGACCAUCCAGGAAAAGUAGAACACGGAGAUCUUUCUAGUGGAACACAAGUAGGGACCACUGAAGAAAAUACUCCUGACAUGGCCCCUGGUAGCCCUUUGACCCCAGUAAGGAGAGGGGAUUCUGUCCAUUCAGGCAGUAACCAGUCUGAACCCUGCAUCGUUGCUUUAAACUGUUAUCACUCCAGAAAUGGUUCUGAUAGUGGCCUUGUGGAAUCAGGCAUCUUCUUAUCUGACUCAGAAUCUCCUCCAAGUAACAAAACUGGAAUGAAGACAGGAGAACCAGAGCCCAUAACGCUGAGAAACACUACUACCUCGUUUGGUUACGAUAAGCCCCAUGUGCUAGUGGAUCUGCCUGUGGAUGAAGGUGUUAAAGAGUCCCUGAUUGGUUAUAGAGUCGCAGCAGAUUCUAAAGAGUUUUCAUAAUGUGCCAACUUGAAGGAUCUGCUUAUCCUGAACAGUUUUUCUGCUUUGAUUUCAUGAAAAGAUCAUGAUUUCAGAAAUGGUGUCUUUUUUUUAUAUUAACCAAAUGGAAUACCUUGGUUUAGGUAACAGUGUAAAGAGUCUGGCACUGUCACAUUUGGUCUGAAAACUGCAAAGACUGAAAAAACAAACUGUGUCUCCCUUCUUAGGGGACACAGUUGUUGCACGUGAACUUUCCCAUUUACAUAGGCUCUGAGAAACAGUCAAUACUCUCUAUUAACCCUGCUUCCUGCAAUAGUAAGUGAUUUCCCAGGGUCCUUUUUUUUUUUUUUAAGUUUCUGUAAAAAAUAUUUUUAAAUGUUUACUUUCAGAAGAAAUCCUGGAAGCUUUUCAAAAUUGCAUUUAAAAUUGAAUUCAUACCAAUAGGAUUAGUAAAGAGUAUGUAAAUAUAAACAAUUUUUAUAGAAUGCUGCAUUUAGAGAUUUUUAAAUAAAGAAUUUUUUAAAUUCA